GUUAAUAGUCUUUCCAAAUGAUUGUGCCGUUUGAUGGGAAAUAGUGAACGGAAAAAUUUCAAGAUUGCAGUUCGUCGGACGAGACUGCGCUUGAAAAUUCCGGGCAACGGAUAGUACAAAAUGAAGCCUUUAAUCGAAUUCGAAGAAUGUUUGCGAGACACGCCGAAGUUUCGAUCCUGCAUCGAAGAAGUAGAAGCAAAUGUUGAUUUACUUGAACAAAAGUUAGACAAGGUAUUAAAAAAUUGUAGUCAGAUGAUUGACACUGGGAAACUUUUUGUAGGACAUCAGAGCCAAUUUGCAAAUAGUCUCUGGGAAUUAUCUCUGUAUUUUAAUGAUGAUUCAGAGAUAAUGGCCUUACUGAACAAACUUAUUCAUGCUUUACAAGAAAUGAACAAGUUUCAUACUAUUUUAUUAGAUCAAGCAUCUAGAACUGUAAUUAAAGAUCUUAACUCAUUUGUUAAAAGUGAUAUCAAGAGAGUAAAAGAAUCUCGUCAUUAUUUCGAAAAAAUUUCUGCAGAUUUAGAUAUAGCUUUAAACAGAAAUUCUCAAGUUCCAAAGUCCAGACCUGCAGAAUAUGAAGAAACUUCGAACAUUUUAUCAGCUACCAGAUCCUGUUUCCGGCAUACUGCUUUAGAUUAUAUUCAUUCUUUAACAAUGAUACAGGCACGCAAACGACACGAAAUAUUGGGUACCUUACAUAAUUAUAUGAAUGCGUGCAUUACUUAUUACCAUCAAGGUAGCGAUCUAGCGCAAGAUUUGGAUCCAUUUUUAAAACAACUCGGGGAUAAUUUAAUUAAAAUGAGAGCCGAUUCCGUGAAACUCGAAAAAGAAAUGGAAAAUCGGCAUAUUUACGUUACUAAUAGAGAUUUAAUACCUUCCCCAACACCUGGUAAUCCUAAGAUGGAAGGCUAUCUCUUUAAACGUACCAGUAAUGCGUUUAAAACAUGGAACAGAAGAUGGUUUUGUCUAAGAGAUCAUCAAUUGGUUUAUAGAAAAAGAACUGGUGAUAAUGAUUAUACAAUUAUGGAAGAAGAUCUUCGUCUUUGCACUGUAAAACCAGUGGUUGACUGUGAUAGAAGAAAUUGUUUUGAAGUAUUAAGUCCUACAAAAAGUCACAUAUUACAAGCUGAUAGUGAAGAAGCUUAUUUAGCAUGGGUAACUGCCAUGCAACAAGCAAUUGGUGCUGCCAUUCAAAGAGGAAUGGGUGCUGGUACUAUAAUUAAUAUACGAGAAUCGCAAUCACAAAAUGUUAGAGGAUCAAACAGGCAGCAAACAAAACCUAAGUCAAGAGUAUGGGAACAAAUUUUAAAGAUUGCUGGAAACGAUACUUGUUGUGAUUGUGGUGGUGCUAAUCCAAGAUGGGCCAGUAUCAAUCUUGGAAUUACACUCUGCAUAGAAUGCUCUGGGGUGCAUAGAAGUUUAGGUGUUCAUUACAGUAAGGUUCGUUCAUUGACGUUAGAUGAUUGGGAACCUGAAAUACUGAAAGUAAUGGCAGAGCUUGGAAACACUGUUGUGAACAAUGUUUAUGAAGCUUUGCCAAUCCCUCCUAAUAUUAUUAGAGCUACUCCAAAGUGUAACGGAAAUAUACGUGAAGCUUGGAUAAGAGCAAAAUAUGUAGAACGCAAAUUCGUAAAACCUUUGAGCAAUAUGAUUUCAUCCGGACAGCAUGCAAGCCGCGAUAAGAUGCAUUUUCGCAAAUGGAGUGUCCGUAAAUUGCGCCGUCGACCGCGGAGUUGUGACAAAAUCGAUAAUACUAAUCGUAACAAAACAACGAUGUUAUCAUCUGUAAAAGAGGGUCAUCAUUCAACGAGCUCGGACGAGAGUAAACAUACGUCAAUUGAAAGUUUAAGUUCUGUCGAUAAAGCGAAGAAAGUUGAAAGAAGUUCCUUAAGCUCUGACGAUAGUACGAAUAUGGAUUUAAAGAAUGAAUCUACACUUUACGGGAAAAUCUUAGCACGUUCUCGUAGCGACGCAAAUGAAAGUAAUCUUAAGACUAUCGAUAAUAAUAUGGAAUUUAACAUCGAAAAUGAACAUAAACUUUUAAUUCCUGAAAUCAAGGACAAUACAAUUGCCAUGAAUGAUUCAGAAAAUAAUCUAUCGAUAAAAAAUGAAGUGUCCUUAAACACAGAGAUUUCUGAUGUGAAAGAUGCGUUUGAGAAUAAAGAUGCAGGAACGGAAAAACAAUGUAAAAUAGAAUCCGAUGUAUUGAUGUUCGGAUGUGAUUUACCAAAGCCAACGAUCGAUAAUAGCUUAGAGUUAAGUUCCGAUCAAGAUUCGACUGCUGGCGAGGAUGAAGAAUUCACAGAUGAAGAGGAUAUAGAAAAUUUACACCCUGAAAUGUUGCUUUAUAAAGCUGCUGCUGCGCAUAAUCUUCCUGUAAUGUGCGCAGCUUUAGCAGCUGGUGCUGAUAAAUCAUGGACAAAUGUUAAUGACAGAGGAAGAAAUGCUCUGCAUCAAGCAAUUAUAAGUGGUUCUGUGAUGUCUUGCGAAUAUCUAAUAUUAAAUGGAGCUCGUAUCAAUUGCCAAGAUGCUGAUGGAAAAACACCAUUAUAUUUGGCCACAGAAUUAGGUCACACUGCCCAAGUAUGUUUGCUACUAAAACAUCGCGCGGAUCAGCAUAUCGAGGAUGAAAGUGGUAUAAAACCUUUAUCCAUAGCUGUAAAAGAAGCCAAUGCGGACAUCGUUACAUUAUUAAGACUUGGUCUUUUAAACGAAGAAAUGAAAGAUUCUGAGAUUGGAAUUAGCGGUGAUGAAACUUUCAACGAUGUCGUUCGUGAUUUUAGCCAACUAGCUUGUUCUCAUCCAGAACGAUUGCAACGGCGAAAUGAAAGUAAUAACGCGUCACAACCGCCUGAAUGAGGUUUAAGAAUGUGCAAAGUUUAUUUGCAAAAUUUAAAAAGCAUGCUACAACGUAAAGAGAAUAAGCAGUCUGGUACAUCGAAAAUGUCGUCUUUCAGUUCCUUGCAGGGUAAUAAAAUUGAUUAACGAAGUAAGUAUGAAGUUCGAAGUUUGGCGAUAUAGUAAUUGAAACAAAACAAAGAACCAUUAUGGAACUUGUACACUUUUUACACUUUCUGAUCUCUGUGCGAAAAAAGAUUUAUUAAAAUUUAUUAGCAUUUUGUAUUUCUAAUUAAAGAUAACACACAAAGCUAAAAAACUUUCACAUGUUUUGCGAAAGGAAAUAGAAAGAAGAAAGAAGAAAAUAUUAUAUUUUGCUUAUACGCGAAAUUUAUGCUGUCUAAUGAUAAAAUAUUAAGAUGCC